GAAUCCAAACCGCUUUAGGCCAACAGAAGAUCUGUGGGCUUCUCAAGAGCAUUACUGAUGGGGACGGAAUGCCUAGGAGCUUGUCUCAAAGAUGACUCUGAUGGAAUGCCUUCAGUUCCUCCUGGCUUUGUGUCACUUACAUCGUUCACCUUGCAGAGAGUACAAGAAAAUGCUGUGGCCUCAGCAUUGGCUUCAAACUCAAUACAGGCUGCAGAGGAUACUGAGUCUGGCGUCAUUGAUGACAAAAAGUUCAGAAAAUCACUUCGGCAUAGACCAUGGGUAAACUACAGGCAGUUUGAUUAUAGCUCGGAAGAAGAGGAGUCUGACUCUGAGCUGUUAGAGCAAGAAAUCCAUUCAGUUCAUUGCCUUCCAAAAGGGGUUAUUCGGGGAUGUUCUGAAUGUCAGACCUGUCAAAAGGUCACAGCAAGAUGGCAUCCUGAUGAUGCCUGCAGGCCUGUCCUUGAUGAAGCUCCUGUAUUUUAUCCGAAUGAAGAGGAGUUCCAGGAUACUAUCAAAUAUAUUGCAAGUAUACGUCCAGUGGCGGAACCAUAUGGAAUCUGCCGCAUUGUACCUCCACCAUCAUGGGCUCCACCUUGCCCUCUUAAAGAAAAGGAUGUGUGGCAAAAUUCAAAAUUCAUGACUCGUAUCCAACAAGUGGAUAAGCUUCAAAAUCGUGAUUCAAUCAAAAAGACUUGCAGAAUUCGUAGUAUUAUGAAGAGGAAAAGGAGAAAGCUCUCGAGAAUGGAGGCAGAAUGCAGAAACAAUAUUGAGAAGCUAGUGGAACCUAAUAGACUUGGAUGCUGUAACAAUGCUGAGAGGUUUGGAUUCGAACCUGGUCCAGACUACACUCUGGAAUCAUUUCAGAAGUAUGCUGAUGAUUUCAAGCAACAAUAUUUUUGCAUAAGAGACAUGGAUGUAGAUGUAAGAUCAGCUCAAUUGGAACCAUCAGUGGAGAAUAUUGAAGGUGAAUAUUGGCGAAUUGUUGAGAAGCCAACUGAAGAGAUUGAGGUGCUCUAUGGUGCUGAUUUGGAGACGGGAGUUUUUGGCAGUGGUUUUCCUAAAGCAUCUUCACCACCGUCAAGUGCUGAUUUUGAGGAGCGUUAUGUGAAGUCAAGUUGGAACUUGAACAACUUCGCUAGGCUUCCAGGUUCUUUGCUUGCUUUUGAAAAUGGAGACAUUUCUGGUGUUCUAGUCCCAUGGUUGUAUAUAGGGAUGUGCUUUUCAUCAUUUUGUUGGCAUGUUGAAGAUCACCAUUUGUACUCAAUGAAUUAUUUACACUGGGGUGCUCCAAAAGUAUGGUAUGGAGUCCCGGGCAAAGAAGCCGUAAAGUUGGAAGUGACUAUGAAGAAGCAUUUAGCAGAUUUGUUUGAAGAACAGCCAGACUUGCUUCACAAUCUUGUUACUCAAUUUUCACCUUCCAUUUUAAAAUCAGAGGGUGUACCGGUCUACCGUUGUGUUCAGCAUUCAGGGGAAUUUGUUAUCACAUUUCCCCGAGCAUAUCAUUCCGGUUUUAACUGUGGCUUCAACUGUGCAGAGGCUGUAAAUGUUGCUCCCAUUGACUGGUUGCCUCAUGGGCAGAAUGCUGUGGAGCUUUAUUCCGAACAGAGGCGCAAGAUAUCAAUUUCCCACGACAAGUUGUUGCUAGGAGCUGCAAGGGAAGCUGUAAGGGCUCAGUGGAAUAUUUUAUUUCUGGGGAAAAAUACAUUGGAUAACUUAAGAUGGAAAGAAGCAUGUGGCCUGGAUGGGAUCUUAGCGAAGUCACUUAAGGCAAGGAUUGAAAUGGAGCAUACUAGAAGAGAAUAUCUUUCUUCUUCUCAGUCAAGGAAAAUGGAUGCAAAUUUUGAUUGUAACUGCGAAAGGGAGUGCAUUGUGUGCCAUUAUGAUCUACACCUCUCUGCUGCUGGUUGUCUAUGUUCUCCAGACAGAUUUGCAUGUCUGAGUCAUGCAAAGCAGCUUUGCUCAUGUGCUUGGAGCACUAGGUUUUUUCUCUUUCAUUAUGAGAUCAGUGAACUGAAUGUCCUUCUCGAUGCUCUUGGGGGCAAGUUGAGCGCGGUUCAUAGAUGGGGACUUUCAGAUCUUGGAUUGAGUUUAAGUUCUUAUGUUGCAAAAGAAAAAACACAAAGGCCCACUGCUAAAACAUAUUCAGAAAAUAUGGAUCAGAGGGAGAAGGGACAAGUAAAGCAAAGUAGUUCGAAUAGCAGGGGAAAAAGUUCUGAUUUAUCUCAAGAAGUCAUGGCAUCUUCACCUCAGCCAACCUUUGUAGCAGUAUCAAAAGCGAGAGAAAAGAUUAACACAGUUUAUUCAACAUGCAAAAUUGCUUAUCCCUCUUCCCUGCACCAAGAAACCAAAUCUGCAACCUUGUUUCAUACAAAAGAUUCGUAUCUACAAGGUACGUCUUCGUCUGAAGUAUAUCAGAGCUUUCAGUCUAAUAAAGGACUCAAAGGUUCAUAUUCAAGUGCACGUAGCAUUUCUGGUCAUGAAAAUUCUCAAGGGAGCAUGCUUAACAUUGGUACACUGCCAACUACCUCAAGUGAAAAAAACUCAGUGGUUUGCCCUGCCUUGGUGCCUGAGGGGAAGCACUUGAGCAACUCAGGUAAAUUGGUGUGCACUAUGGGAAAAAAUACAUUAGCUAAUGAUGGUGAUGUUAAAAAUCUAACUGGUGCUGGGUACGAAGGAGCAGGAACGCUGCUUUUGGAUAACAUAAAGAAACAGCCAGUUCUAGAAAGCUCAGAAAUUUUUGCUAGGCUGACAAACAGUGAUGGCAAGGUGAAUUUCUGCAGUUCUCAGAAGGAUCUAAUUCUUGUAACACCUGAAACAAAUGCAUCUGUAAUGAGUGAAAAGGAUGUCAGUUCAUUAUCCAUUGUGGGGAAGUCUGAUAGUAUGCCAAACCCAGUAUAUCUAUGGGGCAGAGAUGGGAAAACACAAAGUUCCAGUUUACAAAACCAGCAAUUUGUUAGGUCCGAUCCUCAAAACACUGCUCACAGUAAGAACUCAGUUGCUGUAUCAAAUGCAAGGCAAAACUUAGAAUUUUUUAUUGCUAAAGAAAAGCAUGAGUUUGUUACUACAAAUAUCAGAAGUUAUCUUCAGCAGUCUGGAAGUAUAAAAACAGAAGGUGGAAUAAAGGGCGACAAAGGUGGACCAGAUUUUGUUCAUAACCUCAUAAAUAAAACAGAUUCUAUCACAGCAAGCUCAUCUUUCCCUACAAAUAGCAUAGAUAGAUCCAACUGUCCACAGAAGGGGCCUCGCUUGGCCAAGGUGGUGCGGAGAAUGAAUUUGAGUGUUGAACCCUUGGAGUAUGGUGUUGUCUUGUCAGGAAAGUUAUGGUCUACAGGCAAGGCCAUCUUCCCUAAAGGAUUUAGAAGUCGAGUUAGGUACUUCAGUGUACUAGACCCAACUCAAAUGUGUAACUACAUGUCUGAAAUUUUGGAUGCUGGUCUGCUUGGACCUCUAUUUAUGGUUUCAGUAGAGCAAUCUCCAAGUGAGGUAUUCUUUCAUGUUUCUGCCACAAAGUGCUGGGAUAUGGUUAGGGAACGGGUGAAUCAGGAAAUAAGGAGACAGCACAACCUGGGAAUAGUUAACCUUCCUCCACUACAGCCUCCAGGAUCCCUUGAUGGGCUUGAUAUGUUUGGUUUGACCUCACCAAAGAUCAUUCAGGCCAUUGAGGCAAUCGAUCGGAAUCAUGUUUGCUCAGAGUACUGGAGAUGUAGGCCUGAAGCUCCUACUCCUGCUGCAUCAAUCGUGGAUCAAAGACCAAGUGCUAAGGAGGUCGGAACUGAUGUAGCACUCAGACGCCUGCUUAAAAAGGCCAAUCCAGAGGAGUUGCAGAUCUUGCAUAGCAUCCUAAGUAACGACCAUCAGAAUUCGAAGCAGGACAUCAUUGAAAUUCUCGAUGAAGAAAUUGAGAGCUGCUCAAGGUCGAUGUAGUCCAAUCUGUCAUUAGUUUUGUUGCAUUUCCGCCUAUUUUGUAGAGGUAAUACGGCACCUUUUCUUUUUAGGGUUUUGAACUGAUGUACAGACAUUCUUUUUUGCACGACGUGGGUGCAAGUACAGAAAAAGUAUCUGAUAAGCUGCAGAAAUUGUAUCUAUGAACCUCAAAAAUUGUUUUAAAUAAAUAUUUUUUUCCUCUAUGCAUA